AUGGUUCCCCCUCACGCUCGCUUUAAAUUCUUACCUCACAAUCGUUUGUUACACCGUUCCAGCCAUUUGUUCAACCGUGCUGAGCCUCAGCACCCUUCGAUAAUUUUUGGACAUGAGGAUGAUCUCAGUUCGUUAGAUCGGACACAGAAUACUAGCGUGGAUGGGCUCAACCAAGGUUCCAAGCCGCCUGAAGAGCCCGAGAUCGACCGCAUGGACUGCACUUCGUCUGGCAGUGACCAUCUCUCCGAUGAGCAGGCUACUUCAACAAUAUCAUCUUUUGAAGCUGGGGAUCUUUCGAGUGGAUCACCGCGACAUGUUAAGGAGUGUCACGUUGCUCGACAGCAUGUGAUGAUUUCGACAAGCAUCAUUUAUGAGACGACAUAUUAUAUGAGCGUCGACCAGGCUGUCAGCACUCCACCGUCUACCUCUACAUCUCCUACCCUUACAUCUCCUAUUCCUACAUCUCCUACCCCUACGUCUUCUCAUUCUACUUCGUCAUCUCCCAGCAGUAGUUUUCAAUGUGAUGGAAAUUGUUCCCUGUCCACGACCACCCUUCAGAUGUCUGCUCAGCAGACCACCCCUAUAUCAGACUCGUACACUACAUACACAACAUUCUCAACUUCCAGUGAUGCCGCAGUUGCCCCGACUUCUGAUAUACCCGCAACAACAGCAACGAUGCUAUCUCAGCCUGUCCUGGCAUCUGCCGGAGCUUCAUCGAGCAGCACUGUUAUGGUUUCGAGCCCUUUGGCUCAACCAACGUCAGUUCCUGACACCAAUUCAGACCCUCAAUCACCUCCACACACGGCUGCCAUCGUAGGAGGGGCUAUCGGAGCGGUCGCGCUUCUAGCUCUUCUAAUUUUUAUUGUGAUAUGGCAUCGCAGGAAAAGACGACUCUCUGUGACACCUUUCAUCCUCCCCUCAACAACAGCGCAGAUCGGAGCAGGUGUCUGUCUCAAUUCCCAGAGCACAGGCGAUGGUGUCCGCCCAAACAGCAGAGGACCAUCGUUGGUUCAAUAUUCCGACGCAGGCCUCAUAGAGCAUUCUGGCAACAGAUACCUGUCCUUUAUCACAGAUUCCGUAUCAUCUCACUUGCCCGACGACCCCUUUGCAUCCGUCAUUGUCCUGGGUCAACAGUCCAACGGGCUAGGAAAACUGUACCCACCUCCAUCUCCAUCCCACGCCCGCAACUCUGAUCACUAUCGCCAUUCCAGUGUAGAAAACUGGGUCAAGCAAGUUGUUCUGGAGGAUUGUUCGCGAGAACCAAGUGAAGAGUUACCGGCGUAUCGUUCAACGAAAUCUUUGGGGAGCGGGGAAGCAGAUCAUGAUGAUCAUUAUGUCCCUCCCGGCUCUUCCCCUCCUGUCGUCAGGACCAUGCACGAUAUGGUGUACUUUUGA